AUUUUUACAUCUCAAAUAGUACAACCAUUUCUCCUCUUAGUUUCAAGACUCAAUAAAGAUGGUGGGGAGAGAUCAAGUUAGACCACUAGCUCCAGCAUCCGACCGGCCACAUAGCAGCGACGACGAUGAAACAACGUUAAACGUCAAAAAAAGGUUUCAUCAAAGAAGAUGUUUCAAAUAUUGUGCUUGUGUAUCAACCUUUCUUUUCCUUCUAGCCAUAAUAAUUAUCAUUUUGAUCUUCACAGUGUUCAAAAUAAAAGACCCUAUUAUUACAAUGAACGGUGUCACAGUUGAAAAACUAGACCUCGUCAACACUAGUGGCAACCUUUUACCUAUCCCUAAACCAGGUUCCAACAUGACCAUAAAAGCUGAUGUCUCAGUGAAAAAUCCUAAUUAUUCAUCAUUUAGGUAUAGUAACACGACCACCACUAUUUCCUAUCGCGAUACGGUCGUCGGGGAGGCGCGGGGCCCGCCGGGGAAAUCGAAGGCACGGAAGACUAUGAGGAUGAACGUAACGAUUGAUAUUAUUACGGACAAAAUUGUGUCACAUCCUGGCUUACAAGAUGAUAUUAGUAGUGGUUUGCUUACUAUGAAUAGCUACACAAGUGUUGGUGGGAGAGUCAAAUUGUUGAAUAUGAUCAAGAAAUAUGUUGUUGUGAAGAUGAAUUGUAGUAUUACUGUGAAUAUUACUAGCCAGUCAAUUCAAGAUCAGAAGUGUACCAAAAAGGUUAAGCUUUAGAUAGAUAUAU